AUGAUUGAGACUAACAGGCUUACCUAUCUGCGGAUGAACCAGACAAGCUUGAGAUCAGACAGUUAUGACUCAAUCAAACAAGCUGAAGACGCAGGUGUCAUUGAAAUGGAGGAACAAGGUAAUAAGUUUUACUUGCCUGCGUCUUUCACUGGAGGACCAAGGUAUAUGAGGGAGUUAUAUUUCGAUGCGAUGGCGAUAUGCAGACAUUAUGGUUUCCCGGAUUUGUUCAUCACAUUUACAUGCAAUCCUAAAUGGCCAGAACUAACCCGAGAGCUUGAUGGUACAAAUCUGAAACCUACGGAUAGAGCUGAACUCAUCUGCAGGCUGUAUCAUAUAAAACUAGCGUCACUCAUGGAAGACUUGACGGAUAAUGGACUCCUAGGCCAAACAGUUGCGUCAAUGUAUACAACAGAAUUUCAAAAACGAGGACUGCCACAUGCUCACAUUCUUCUGUUUAUGCAUCAGAAGUGCAAGUUUCCAACUACGGAUGAUAUCGAUAAGAUUAUAUCAGCAGAGAUACCAGAUAAGGUGGAGGAGCCAGAACUAUAUGAAGUUGUGAAGGAUAUGAUGAUUCACGGUCCUUGCGGUAAUGUGAACAUAAACUCACCAUGUAUGGAAAAUGGAAAAUGUCAAAAGCUAUUCCCGAAAGCUCAUGCAGAGAGAACCAAGAUAAGCAAAGAUGGCUUCCCAAUAUACAGGAGACGGGACCAGCCAGGUGUGUUUAUCGAGAAGAAUGGUUUCAAGUGUGACAACCGAUACGUGAUUCCAUAUAACAGAGCUCUGUCCAUCCGUUACAAAGCUCACAUCAAUGUAGAAUGGUGUAACCAGUCAGCUGCUAUUAAAUACUUAUUUAAGUAUAUCAACAAGGGAUCAGAUCGUGUUGCUGUCGUUGUUGAGUCAGCUGAGCAGGCCACACUUGGUGAAGAAGCACGGCAGAAAAAGAAAAAUGGGAGAUCUACUAAUGGAGCUAAGCAGACUGAAGAUAGUUCUGAGUCCACUGAGAAGGUUGAGCAGGUUAACGAGAUUAAAGACUUUUUGAUUGCCGGUGCUACAGAAGCUGUAUGGAGAACACUGGGGUUUAAAAUACAUCAUAGAUCUGUGUCUGUGGUUAAACUCACUUUUCACUUAGAAGGGAAACAGUUGGUUAUCUUCAAAGGGAGGACAAGCUGGAAAGGGUUGUUACACGAAAACUGA